UUCCAAAACAUUACUUGUCAAAAUCAUAACCUUAGUGUUAACGAAGCACGAAUUGUUUUAUCCAAAAUAUUAAAUAAAGAUGAAACUGACACGAGUAUUAAAUCGACAACACAUAGAUUUUAUGUUUAAAAAACAUUGGUUAGUUCAAGGAAAGCGAGUUCCAAUCGACACCGGUGUCGAGGAUGUGCUUAGGAAAAAAGGUAUUCCUGUUGAAGAUGCGCUUGAAUUUAUCAAAGAAAAACCAGUACGGGAGAGAGUAAAUAUUGUUGGUCCAUAUGAGCCUCAACUACCAUUAGAUGAGACACAUCCAGAUUACAAAACUAGACCCUGUCUUACACUCACCCAUAAAAGUGUCCUACUUGAAGGCAUUGCACAAGCACAAGUAUUAACAAAAACCAUCAUAGCUGAGAACAAGCUACCAAAUAAAAUUGAAGAGUUAGCUGAAAUAACUGUACCCAAAGCUGUGCAUGAAGGAGUCAAAAAGGCCAUUUUGUCAUCUAAUGUGUUUGAUUGUGAACAAAAAAAGUUGCCCAAGAUAAAAGACCCUGUGAGACCUGCUUAUAACUUUCCUAGAAUCUUGGGAAUAACGGAUCGGAGACGCAACCAAAUAAUUACCAAUAAACUAUUGCAACUCAUUGAAAGAUGCAGUGAUUUUGAACUUACCCAGACAAGAUAUGCAUUAAAUGAUGUAGAAUGUAAAACAGUGUUUGCUAAAGAUGAUGAUUUGAUACAAUUUCAAGAUGUAUCCAACUUAUUGGUAACAAGCAACAGUUCAUUGAAACAUGAUUUGAAUGAGAAGGACAUUCAGUUUGUUGAAAUACCAGACCUAUAUCCUGUAAAGCACACUAUCACAUUGCCUCCAGAACAUUUUUAUGAUGACAAAAGCAUAUAUCCGAUUCAAUUCAAUGUGAGUAGGAAACAUCCACAUACCACAUGGCUGCAUUUCAACAGGACAGAAGUGAGCAAUAUCUAUGAAACUCCAGUCACCGACACACAGAUAUAUGGCAGGGCACUCACUCAUGUAUUCACCAUAGCUUCGGCAUAUGCAAAGGAGUUGUAUGGGGAAGAAGUUGAAGAUUUGCCGGAGCCGAUUUACGUGAACUGCAUACAAACAGACGGACAGAAAUAUCAUUUCGGUGUAUUUGAACUGAACACAUUGAAUGUUGACGGGGUUGAGGGUACAAAGAAUGUGUGGUACUGCAAAAAUGAUGUGAAACUUUACGAUAGGAGUUGUUACUUUAACGGAAUCCCAGUCUUAGAAAACUACAAUCCAAAGGUAUAUGGAUAUAUUAAUGCUUUUUACAACUGCUGAAAUGUAUUUAAAAUGUAUAUUAUAUUUAAACUAAGAUAUAUUUAGUUGAAUUCGAAGAAGUGUUUAAAAAAAUAAAGUGUUAUUUAAAUGUA